AGGUGCCCUUUUUCAUUCAGCCAGUAAAUGCUGACAUCACACAGCAACAUUCCUAUGUGCCUUCAUGAGUGGCUUCACAUAGAGAAAAGGAGAUGCUUUAAAGAAUGGAGUUGGCUUGCAGCUUGCUGUUUAAUGAAGAAGUUUAUAAUCAGCUGGGUGAAUUUCAGAAAGCAGAAUUUGCUUUGGAAUGGCUGAGGUUUUUGGAAAAACUUUUACCAGCAACUAAUCAGGCUGAUAUAAGGGAAAAACAGAACAAACUUGUUGAACAACUGAUAUCUUUAUUAACCAGUACACCAGGACCUCCUGCUAGACAACUCAUUGCCAAGAACCUUGCUGUAUUAUAUAGCACAGGAGAUGUUUUUUCUGUUCACCAAACAAUUGACAAAUGCAACGAACUUAUUCUCAGUAAAGAUGAUUCACCAAGCUAUCUACCUACUAAACUUGCUGCAGUGGUUUGUUUGGGCUAUUUAUACAAAAAGCUGGGAAGAAUUUUGGGCAACAGCUUUGUGACUACUGUGGGAAAUAUUCUUAAAGCAAUGAAGAAUGCAGAGGUAAAUGAGCAGGUGUUCAAAGGUGAAAUAAAAUAUUGAUUAAAAGUAGUGAAGAAAACACUUUUAAUGAAGGUCUAAUGCAUAUGAGAUUUUGACAUUUGAGGAUAAUAUGUCAGAAACAAAUUACAUUUCUGCAGAACUUCUUUGAAUCAUAA